AUGGCCAAGAAAAAGUCUGGAUCGAAGGCUAAGAGCUCUAAGAGAGCAUUGAACGCCUUGGAAAUUGCAGAAAGGGAACUGGGUGGGUUCGACUCCGAUGAAGAAGCUAAAAGAUAUAAUUCACGUCGUAACGGUACUGUCGUUAACCUACUGAAGAAAGUAGAAAGAAGUGGUAAACAAGACGACGGGAGUGGUGAUGAUUACUCUGAUAAUGACGGAGAUUCAUUUGAGGAUGAAGAAUUAGAUUCUGAUGAAGCUUUAGGUUCCGAUGACGAUUAUGAUAUUUUAAACUCCAAAUUCUCCCAAACUAUUCGUGACAAGAAGGGGGAAAUAGAUGAAAAUGAUAGUGAGGGUGGAUACACUUCGAUUGACGAAGAUGAACUAUUACCCUUGUCUGCAGUUUGGGAUAUGGAUUCCAAAAUGGACAGUAACAACAAUGAUGAUAAUCAAUUACAAUUACAACAAGAUGUUUCAGAAGACGAAUCCAGUUCAGACGAAGAAUCGUCUUCUAGUAGUGAUGAAAAUGAAGUGGAAGAAAAUCCGUUUGACGAAAUUUCAGAUGACGAAGGUGAUCUUGAAUUAAAUAACAUUACUUCUACUCUAUUAAAGGAAUCUUCAAAUGCUACACUUAAAAGAUUGGACAAUUAUGGUGCUGGGGAGGAAAAUGAAUUUGUUUUACCCACUACCACAAAUGGUAAUGCUUCCAAAUCGGCGACGGCCAAACUAAGUUUAGCGGAUAUGAUCGAUGUUGUCGAUGAUAAGGAAGCUGUUGCAUCUGCGACUUUGAUUAAAGGUAAGUCUACUACAACUGCGAUACCACUUCCAGAAAGAAUCCAAAAAAGACACGAACGUAAAGCAGCCUAUGAAAUUUCUAAGGAUGAAGUUAAUAAAUGGAAGGAUACCAUUCAACAAAAUAGGAGAGCUGAACAUUUAUCUUUCCCAUUGAAUGCACCAACAGAACAUAACCAUGCUACUGCCUUUACCAGAAUUACUGGUGCUCCUCAGACUGAAUUGCAGGAAAAAGUGGAUAAAAUGUUGAAGGAAAGUAAUUUGGUAGAUCCACAAAAGAACUCCACAUUUGAAGAAUUGGCCACUGCCAAGAUGUCCUCAGAAGAAAUGAAAAAGAAAACUGCUGAAAUGAGGUUGAUGAGAGAAUUAAUGUUCCGUGAGGAAAGGAAGGCAAGAAGAUUAAAGAAAAUUAAAUCGAAAUCUUAUCAUAGAAUUAAAAAGAGAGAAUUGUUAAGGAACAGAGAACUUGCUGGUAUUUCUGAUGAAAGUGAUGAUGAUCAUGAAGCAGCUAGAGCAAGAGAAAGAAUGACCUUGAAACAUAAAACUCAUUCCAAAUGGGCCAAGGAUAUGAUUAAGCAUGGUAUGACGAACCACAAGGAAACUAGAGAAGAAAUGGAGGAAAUGUUGAGACAAGGUGAGCGUUUGAAAGAAAAGAUAUUGGACCGCGGUGACGAAAGUGACAGAGAAGUCAAUCUAAGUGAUAUUGAAAAUGAUAAUGAAGAAGAAAAUACGGCCAAGCAGAACCUUGGCAAAACAGGAGUUAUGGGAAUGGCAUUCAUGAAAAAUGCGGAGGCCAAACAGAAAGAGGCUAAUAAAGAAACAAUUGCAAAACUACGAGCCAUGGAAGUGGAUGGAGAUCUUGAUCCGUUCAAUAGUGAUGUGGACGAGACUGCCAUUGAUGGCGAAGUACAGGUGAACAAAGGUAGGAGGAUUUACACACCUGGGAACUUGGAAUCUCGUAAGGAAUUAAACGAAGUGGAGGCUCAAGCAAGAGAGGAAAUUGAAAUUGAUAAUUCUAGAUCUUUAGAGAACCGUCUUAAGAAAAAUAAUGUUGCCAAAACAGCAAGUGGAUUGGAAAUACAUAACAUUGAAGAUUCACCUGAAAAAGAGGAGUCCACUCCUUCCACCACUAACAAAGAAUCAUCCAAUCCCUGGUUAAAUGAUGACGAUGAUGAAGAUCAAGGACAAGUAAAACACUCUUCCAAGGUGAAUGUUAUUGAUAAGGAUAGUUCAAAGUUUUCAAAGAGUGCUCAAAAGAUCGAAAAGGAAAUGAACAAACAAAAUAGAAAAUCAAAGAAAUCAAAGAAUGCCGAUGAUGAACUAUUACUUGAUGCAUCCGAUUCAAAUAGCUUGAAAAUUAUUGAUCCAUACGGUGGGUCUGAUAAUGAAGAUACUGGUUUUAUGUUUAAACAGCAAGAAGUCAUUGCUGAAGCUUUUGCAGGUGAUGAUGUGGUUGAAGAAUUUGUCAAUGAGAAGAAGAGAGUAACUAUUGAUGAAGAUGAUAAGGAGGAAGAUGUGACCAUCCCAGGUUGGGGUGAUUGGGCUGGUGCUGGCGCAAAUCCAAAGAAGAAGAGAAAAUUCAUCAAGAAAACUAAGGGUGUUGUAACAAAAGACAAGAGGAAGGAUAAAAAUUUAAAGAACGUCAUUAUUAAUGAGAGAGUCAAUAAGAAAAAUUUGAAGUAUCAAUCUUCAGCUGUGCCCUUCCCAUUUGAGAGUAGAGAACAGUAUGAAAGAUCAUUGCGUAUGCCAAUUGGUGAACAGUGGACUUCCAGGGCAUCUCAUCAAUCUUUAAUAAAACCAAGAAUUAUGACCAAACCUGGACAAGUUAUUGACCCACUUAAGGCUCCAUUUAAGUAG